AUGGACAUUAUAGCUCUGAGUCUUGAUAACCUCUUCUCUCAUCAUGCUGAUGACAAAGAGGGGGAGAAAGACUUGGCUGUUGCUGCUACUGCCGUCCCUACAACACUAGCUGAAGCCGAUGCUCAAAGAGCUGAAGCUAGUGAAGCUGAGGUUGUUGAUGAUGCCAUCAUUUCCCAUGAAGCUGAAGCUGAGGUUGUUGAUGAUGUCGUCAGAGUUGAUGUUGGCGCUCAUGACAAAGACCUUUCUAUCAUCCCUGCAGCUGAUGCUGGUGAUGAGAAAGAUGAAGGUGAAGAUGAUGAUGAUGAUGAAGAUGAUGAUGAUGGCUCUCCAUCCCUUCCUGACGCUGGAAAAGAUCUCGGUGGUGGUGAUGAUGAAGAGGACGAUCACGACAACUUCACCAUUCAAUACCACAAACCUGCCAGCACUCUGAAAGGAGUCUCUCUCAAGGAUUCGUCAUCCUAA